ACAAGAUGUCGAGUUUCCUACAGAGUUCCCGGGACAAAGCCGUAGCUGUCAGAUCUCUCCUGUGCCUAGUGCAGGCUCUCGAAGGAAGGGAAACAACAGUAGAUCUACGCAAUGAGACAGAAGUCGUCGGCACCAUUGAAGUCGUCGAUGGGCGAAUGAACAUCCAGAUGUCAGAUGCCGUCGUCACGAUGCCAAACGGGUCUUCUCGACAGUUUUCAUUCCUUCACGUCCGCGGAAGAAAUGUUCGUUACGUCCACAUCCCACCAGACGUUAAUAUCAUGAAAACGAUAGAGGAUCGAGUUCAGCGAGUCCAAGGAGUUAUCCCCGCCGCUCAAGCACCUAACGACUUGGCGGUGAUGAUUACUCGACGGAAACGAGAACAACUUCGACGGAGGAGGCUCGCAGAAGGCCGUUAG